CAAAGUAUAAACAGUUAGCGGUUCGGUAAGAGGUCGAUAGUUUUGCUUAUUAAAGUUUAUAUAAACAAUUUUAUGUAGCUCAUUCUGACUGUCACUUUUUGUUUUUAAUCUGUCAACCCAUAUCGCAGUCACUGAGCCUCUGAACACUUUAUUUUAACUCUUUAUUAAAGUGUUUAUUCAUGGCGUCAGUUGGCUCUGUAAGCUAACAUGCUAACAGCGCAGAGGCAGCAGCUCGCGAGCUGCGUCAGAUGAGAGCGGACAGACAGGGCAGGUAUGUUAGUACACUUUUUCAAGACAUAUCUGUUUCGAUCGGGACUACAGCGGCCAGAUCUUCUCCGGAAGAUUCUCAGCGGGAGAUCGUACUGUGCUCAGCAGGCAGAGAUGCACCGCAACCGGGGUCAGAGCGGCAUGAGCCGGGUGAGCAGGGUGCUGUGUGUGGCCGAGAAGAACGACGCUGCUAAGGGGAUCUCUGAGAUCCUGUCCAACGGGAGAGCCAGGAGGAGGGAGGGGAUGUCCAAGUUCAACAAAAUCUAUGAGUAUGAGUAUCAUCUCUUUGGUCAGGAUGUGGCGAUAACAAUGACAUCAGUCUCUGGACAUUUGCUGGCUCUGGAGUUUAAAGCACCAUUUCAGAAAUGGCACAGCUGUAAUCCUGUGCUGCUGUUUGACGCCGAGGUCGAGAAGUACUGUCCAGAUAACAUGAUUCAGAUCAAGCGUACUCUGGAGAAAGAAGUGAGGCAGUGUCAGGCUUUAGUCAUCUGGACUGACUGUGACAGAGAGGGAGAAAACAUUGGUUAUGAAAUAAUCAAUGUCUGCAGAGCAGUGAAGCCAAAUCUCCAUGUAUUUCGGGCAAAGUUUUCUGAAAUCACUCAGAACUCGAUCCGUAGAGCAUGUGAGACUCUGUCAGAGCCCGAUGUGAACAUCAGUGAUGCUGUGGAUGUUCGCCAGGAGCUCGACCUGCGGAUAGGUGCAUCUUUCACCCGAUUCCAGACGCUUCGCCUGCAGAAGAUCUUUCCAAACUCUCUGUCCAAUCAGCUGAUCUCAUAUGGCAGCUGUCAGUUUCCCACACUGGGGUUUGUGGUGGAGCGGUUCAAAGCCAUCCAGGCUUUCAUACCUGAGACUUUCUACAAAAUCAAAGUUCUUCAUGAAUGGGCGGAGGACACUGUUGAGUUCAGCUGGAAGAGAAACCGUCUGUUCCAUCACACGGCCUGCCUAGUGCUCUAUCAGAUCUGUAUGGAGGAUCCCAUAGCAACCGUCACCGCGGUAACCAGCAAACCAAAGAGCAAGUGGAGACCGCUGCCGUUAGACACCGUGGAGCUGGAGAAACUGGCGUCUCGGAAGUUAAAAAUAAGUGCUAAAGAGACGAUGAAAAUCGCAGAGAAACUCUACACACAGGGGUUUAUCAGCUACCCUCGCACAGAGACCAACAUGUUCCCCUCCAAUCUGCCACUGCGCCCUCUGGUGGAGCAGCAGACUCACAGUCAAGACUGGGGUACGUUCGCCCAGCGAGUCCUCGACCAGCCUGGAGGUCCGAACCCUCGCCAGGGCAAGAAGUCUGACCAGGCCCAUCCCCCGAUCCAUCCCACCAAGUUCACCAGCUCUCUGCAGGGAAAUGAAGGACGUCUGUACGAGUUUAUCGUCAGACACUUCCUGGCCUGUGUUUCCCAGGAUGCUUUGGGGCAGGAGACGGUGGUGGACAUCAACAUUGCUCAGGAGAAGUUCUCUGCUUCAGGACUCAUGAUCCUUGAGAGGAACUACCUGGACGUUUACCCGUACGACAGGUGGAGCACCAAGCUGAUUCCCGUAUACGAGCAGGGAUCUCAGUUUCAGCCGUCUGCGAUCAAGAUGUUGGAUGGUCAGACGAGUCCUCCUCAGCUGCUGACUGAAGCCGACCUCAUCUCACUGAUGGAGAAACACGGCAUCGGCACAGAUGCCACUCACGCAGAGCACAUCGAGACCAUAAAGAGUCGGAUGUACGUGGGUCUGACGGCUGAUCAGAGGUUUCUACCCGGAGAGCUCGGCAUGGGACUGGUGGAGGGGUAUAACUCCAUGGGUUAUGAGAUGUCUAAACCAAACCUGCGUGCUGAGCUGGAGGCGGAUCUAAAGCUGGUAUCAGAGGGCAGGAAGGACAAGCAGACCGUGCUCCAACAUUACAUUCAGAAGUAUAAAACCGUCUUCAUCGAGUCAGCCCGCAAAGCCAAGAAGUUAGACGAAGCUCUGGUGCCCUACCUGGGAGAAGCUCAGGCGAUCACCGAGGCGGAGCAGCAGGACAUGGAGAUCCCUCUGCCAGUCAGGAAGUGUCCUAACUGUGGACGGGACAUGGUGUUGAAGAAGAAGAGGGAAGGGAACAGUAAGUUUCUGACCUGUGUGGGCUAUCCAGCGUGUAAAACAGCCGUGUGGUUUCCUGAUUCAGUGCUGGAGGUCGGCAGAGACGAGAGCAUUUGUCCAACCUGUGAGCCCCGCCCUGUUCACAUGUUGAAGUUUAAGUUCCGCAGAGGCAGCCUCCCUCCCAUCAUGCCUCUGGAGUUUGUUGGCUGCAUCGGCGGCUGUGACGAGACUCUCAGAGAGGUGCUGGACCUGAAAUACCUGAGAGCAGGUGGAAGUGGAGGAGAGGGAGGAGGAGGAGGUGGAGGAGGUGGAUAUGACCCACCUCCUCCUCCAAAUCCUCGACCUUCUCUCCCCCCUGUCCCCACCUGGAUGCCCCAGCCGAGACCUCCACCACGUGGCGGCGGCAUGGAUGCCAGUAACGACGCCAUCGUGUGUAACUGUGGGCAGAGUGCCGUCCUCCUCACUGUGCGCAAAGACGGCCCUAACCAGGGGCGCCAGUUCUACAAGUGCAACGCCAGCACCUGCAACUUCUUCCUGUGGGCCGACGAGCAGAGCCAGCAGGAGCCGCCAAUGAGCAGAGUGGCCCCCUUGCAGACACCACAGAACUCGCGGCCCCCCAGGCCCUCUGUUGGGUUCAGGACCAACUCAGGAGGGGGAGACGGAGGGGAGGAUGGCGGUCAGACGAUGUGUAACUGUAACCAGACAGCGGUGAUGAGGACAGUGCAGAAAGAUGGACCAAACAAAGGGAGAAUGUUUCACACCUGCGGAAAACCACGAGGGCAACAGUGUGGGUUCUUCCUGUGGGCUGACGAGAACAUCCCACCUUCAGGAGGUUUUGGUGGGUUUAAUGAAGAUCGAGUAAAGAAGGGGAGAAAGACCAUCGGAGACAACUUUACUAACAAAGCUCCUGCUGCUAAGAAAGCUCGUACCUGUGGAAUCUGCAGCAUGCCAGGACACACAAGAGUCACCUGUCCUCAGAGGUGACCCCUGCUAGAAAACUCUGAGCUGGUGAACUGAAGCUUAUAGCUUUAACAUGUGGAGGUUCAAGUCUAUAACCUCUAAAAUGUGAAGUUAAGAUGUGAAGUUAAGAUAUGAAGUAAAUAACUUGUUUCAUUGUGAAUAAAAUCAGACUGAACCUCCUGAUUGGAGCUUUGUUCUUGUUCUGCGUCACAGAGCUGAACAGAAAGAACCCUUUAUGAAUGUUUAAAACAUUUCAAAGAGACUGAAACAGCCGUGGCUCCUAACUUUAGCUCAGUUUUAUCAACCUGCUGCAGAGUAAAUGCUCUAUUUUAAAGGGUAAGAAUGUAGAGAUGUGCUGUUUCCCUUUCUGCCUUAAAUCCCCCUAGAUUUUUCAGCUCUCCUCAGACCCAGGUCAGUCUGUUUUUGACUCAUAGAGAUUGCAUGUCGUUUUAGGCUCCUGAUAUCUUUUAUAAGAUUAUUUAUGACCAAAUAAUAUCCAGUGUCUAUGCCAGGAUUCUUUCAAGAUGACAGCACGCUUUUGUGCCUUAAUUCUAUUCUAGUGUCCUCUUCCUGUAAAGUUGAAACUACAGCCAGUUAGCUUUCUCUUCAGUCUGAAACCUUGUACGCUGAUAAUCUGAUUCAAAUCUGUCUUAAAAGUGGAGCUAAGAGUGUACUCACACUAGGCCAAGUCAUUCUGUACUGUGCUAAAGCAUGAUUACCCCCCUCACAUUGAUCAAAGCCCAGCCCACAUUGUAAUUUAUCAUGCAUUUUACAGAUAUUGAGUCGUUUUGGUAAGACACGCAUGCAAAAUUCAUGCCAAAAGAAGUGGUCGUAUCGAUUAUGCAUCUCAUGCACAUUGCACCCCCAUGAUUCCAUGUAAGCUUAAGCCAUAGCACUGUGCAAAAGCCAAGAAAGCAUGCCACGCUUGAGUGCGGUUUGUGGCUCUCACAUUAGUCAAACAAACUGGACUCUGAGAGUCAAGCAUGCUCGGGUACGGUGCAGACUGUAUAGAGUGAGUGUGCCCAAAAGCAUUCAUGGAACUGUUCAACUUUACUCAAACAAAAGUGUACAAAGAAAACAGUCAGGACGUUUACAUGCAAGAUUAAAAUGAGCUAAAGUUACAGCUCAGUUAGGAUAUGUAACUAGACUUCUGUCCUCGUCCCAGUAUGCGUGCACAGCAGCUGAAACUGUCCAUCCACAGGAGCAUGUUUAACUCCACUACAGUAGGAGGUGAUAGCCUCUUUCACCCUGUUACUGUGAACUUUCUUCCUGCUGAUGCAUAGACAAACUUGUAGCUCCAUUCAUGCCGUACAUACUCAAGUGUAAAGCACCCAGUGCCUCUUAAGUUAGUGAUAUCCAAAGUCGAUCAACUAUGUGCUCCUGUCUUCCUCCUCCUUCAGCAUGUAAACGUACUGAGUGUAUAUUAAAUAUCAUGGGGUCAUAACCGGAGCCAGCUGGGUGAAAAUAUCUCUGUCAUGAUUCAUGGUUAGUACUGCGGGGAUGUUUCCAGUCUGUGUAGGUUUUAUUGAAUUAAAAUUACUCUUCCACUGACUGGUUUUUAGACACUAUUUAAAUGUACACCUAAACCUGACACCAGGUGUAAGCUCCCUGCUGGUUCUGUGUCAUGUUAAGCAUGUCUGUCCAUCUGGACUGAUUCUACUGGAACUUCUGGAAAAGAUAAAUCACAUUUAAGUUUAAAGGUGCAUACAGUGUUUCUUUAACAGUUUUCAGGUGUUUUAUGCUUGUUGAUUUAACUACACUGUUUCUGAAUUCUUUUAAAUUAGAAAUAUGAGAACAGAAACAAAAGCUGGUUAAUCUUGUUCCUGUAAGGCAUUUUCCAUCCUCCUUUAGUCUCUUUUAAUACUGACGAAUGUUAAUAAACAAGUC